AUGGCAGCAGCAACAACAACAAGCACAGGCGAACCGCGCGAGAAAUCGCCAUGGGCAAAUAAAUACAGAGGCGCCACAGUCGAAGACCUCGACCCCCCACCCGCCCUCAGCACCUCCCCGCACAGCCCCAUCUCGCACGCCCUCAUGGCCGCCUACGAACGCGACUACACGCACCUCACCGUAAUCCACCCCGAAGACAAAUCCCUAAUGGGCUACAUCUCCAUCCCGCACCUGCAAUCGCUGCUGAAGAGCGGGGAGGUGAAAGAUAGCGAUCAUGUGGAGAAGGCGAUGAUCAGGUUCAAGAGGAAGGGGAAGAAGUAUCGAUUGAUCACGAUGGAGACGAAACUGGAGGAGUUGGAGGGGUUUUUCGAGGGGGAGGGGAUGGGUGGUUCGAAGCAGGAGUUUGCGGUGGUGACGGAUUUCGGGAGGCGGUUUGUGUUGGGGGUGGCGACGAAGGAGGAUCUGACCAAGUUUCUGGAGAGGAGGCCAUUCUAG